AGCAGGAUGCAGUACCCCCUCUGCUUCCAGCCAACAUCCUCUGGGCUGUGGGCCAUUCUCUGCCUGGUCUUCGGGGCCACUGUCGUCUCCUGUGGCUAUCCCUGUCAUGACGUCGGUCCACCUGAUGUCAAUUUCAUGUUCAAGCUGUACCACCGGCUGACUUCCAAAUCCCCGAGCCACAACAUCCUUUACUCACCAGUUGACAUCUCAUCCGCCUUGGUGACCCUAUCCCUCGGGGCCCGAUCCAACACCCAGACACAGAUCUUGGAGGGCCUGCAAUUCAAUCUCACAGAGAUAUCAGAGGACGAGAUCCUCAGGGGCUACCAGUGCAUACAAAUCAACCUCAAUUUGCCAGGUAUGUGGCCGGACACAAAGCUAGGGAGUGCUCUGUUCGUAGCCCCUGGUGCAUUGCCAUCACCAGAUUUCAUAGAUGAGGCUGCUGAUAUAUUUGGAUCCGAGAUCAUCUAUGCAGACUUCCAGGACCCUGAGGAGGCAAAGCAUCAAAUAGACGAAUACAUCAAGGAGCAGACACUUGACAGGAUCAAGAAUGCGAUCCCCAGUCUAGAUGAUUAUACCUCGCCAGUCCUCGUGAGCACCCCAUUCAUCAAAGGCCAGUGGGUCUUCCCCUUUGAUGCCAGUCAGACCAUAGAUGAGAUGGACUUCUUUGUGGAUGACGGGACAGUCGUCAAGGUCCCUGUCAUGUACCAGAAGGGUCAGUUUCUCAUCUACCGUGAUGAAGAGGUGGCCUGCACAACGGUCCAUAAGGAAUUCGUCACCUCAUCCGGCGUCUACUUCAUCCUUCCCGAUGAAGGGAAGAUGAAGCAGGUGGAAGAGGCUAUGAGUGGAGAGCUCCUUCUCAAGUGGUUUUACAACAGUGUUCCGAGCGACUUUGAGCUGUAUGUCCCCAAGUUCUCUCUGUCGGCCACCUAUGAUCUGGAGGAGAUCCUUUCUGACAUCGGGAUCGAGGACCUCUUCACCCAGCGGGCUGACCUCUCCGGUCUCACCAACCAGUCAGGUGCUGCUGUUUCCAAGGUGAGGCACAGUGCCACACUGGAGGUGGAAGAAGAUGGCCUCAUAGCUGCAGGGUCCACGGGCAUAGUGGUGUCCUCAGGGCCGGCACAUACUCUGCCAGCCCCAUCACACCGCUCCCCUCCCGUUCACUCUGAGGGGACAACGAUGACCUUUCAGUCACCCAUCCUCUUCAACAGGCCCUUCCUCAUUGGUGUUUUUCACGGAAGAGCCUACACCACACUCUUCUGGGGAAAGGUUGUCAAUCCAGCUCUCCGUAGAGACGAGAGGAUGGUGAUGGUCGAUGGUCCAUGCCAGUUUGUGGCUUCUCGGCAGAGAGAUUGCAAUGUUCUCGGUGCAAAGGUCUCAGUGUCCUUGGGCAGCUCACUGUCCUGGUUGAUGGUCAACCAGCACAGCCACGGCUCCAAGGACAAUUCAACCAUCUCCUCAGGGUAUCACUGGAUUAAGGAGCUAUUGCUGUCUUGUUAUUGUGAGAUCUAA